CCUGCGUAGUCAGCUUUUACUAGUUGGCUGGGAGUUGACAUGUACUGGAGUUGUCUGGAUGAGACAUAAUUCACUGCCAACUGAACAAACAGAGCGCACAGAGAAGACAACACAUUAACAGAGCUUCCAAGACCUCAAACAGUUGAGUGGAUGUGUUUUGUGCAUGUUUGCAUAUCAGUCCAAAUAUAAAAGUCCAGGUAGAAUGUAGUUGGACAGGACUGGCAAGGUGUGGUGUAUCAGGCACACUAAGAGAAAAUGGAUGCAGGAAUGAUGGUUCCAGUGAAAUGAAAGCUUCGUGUAAGCGCACAGCUAUAAUCAGCUAUGAGUGAACACUUGAGAGGGAGCUACUAUGGGUCCUUGCCCCCAGAGCUGAGACUUAUUCUUUUGGGAAACAUUGGAUGUGGAAAGACGUCAUCAGCGGACACUAUCCUGGGCCAACUGUCCCCCAUCUCUCCCAGUGCCGCCAGGAGCUGCCAGCAGCGACAUGGCAUCUCUGAGGGCAGGAGUGUGACCCUGGUGGAGGCGCCGAGAUGGUACUGGAACGGCGGCAAGAUGGAGGACAGCGUCAGGAAGGAGACGGUGCGAGCAAUGACGCUGGUAGCACCAGGCCCACAUGCCAUUCUGCUGCUGGUGCCUGUUAGCCAGUUCACAGAGAUGGAGGGUCAUGUGCCUGCAGAACUGAAGGAGGCGUUUGGGGAGGAGGCUCUGGAUCACACCGUGGUCCUGUUGACCUGUGGGGACUACUUGAUGGGAAGAACUGUGGAGGAUUACCUGCAGAAAGAACACCCAGGCCUGAGGAAGAUAAUUGAGCUCUGUGGGGGGAGGUACCAUGUCAUCAAUAAUCGUCAGCGACAGCACAGGGAGCAGGUCCGUGAGCUGCUGGAGAAGGUGGAAAAUAUGGUGCAGAAAAAUGGGGUAUACUAUAUGAAACCAACCCAGGAGAGAGAGCUGGAGAUACGAGUGAAAGACAGAGAGCGAGAACUUGUGGAAAGUUACAGAGCUCAAAGGGAGGAGAAAAGAGAGACUGUCCUUUCAACGCACAUCCUAAACACAGAAACACAGAGGAGUGUUGAUAAAGGAGAGGAGUACAGCACUGCCUUGGAGAGAAGAAGGAGAAGAGAAGAGAGGGAUGAGAUAGAGGGAACAGUGGGUGAGAGCCAGGCAUAUAACGGUCUUCAUUCAACUCCAGCAUCAGAGCGACAGUCAUUUUCAGAGCCGGAUAAUGACAGGGAAGUGAAGAGGACGCCCAGUUUCAGACUAAAUGCAGAUGGAGCUAUACUCUCACAAAUGUCUGAGGUUAAAACAUCUCCGAAAGUGAUCACUACCUUUCACCACAGGAUCAACAGCUUUGAAGGUAGAUCCCCUGAGGCGUCUCCGACCUCUGCUCCUCAUUCGCCCGUCUUCUCCUCUUCCCCCUCCUCGCCAACCUUUGCCUCCUCUGCCUCCUCAUUCCCCCCCUCCUCCUCCUCAUCCUUUCCGGAGCUGCGUCUGGUGCUGCUCGGGCGAUCUGGAGCGGGGAAGAGUGCAGCUGGCAACAACAUACUGGGGCAGAAGGAGUUUGAGUCACGCCCGGAAAGCCUCACAGCGAUCACUCAGCAGUGUGAGAAAAAGAAAGCGCUGGUUGGAGGAAGACGGGUGGCGGUGGUGGAUACUCCAGACUGGUUCAAUUCAGAGCAAACUCCAGAUGAGGUGCGAGCUCAGAUCUCCUCCUGUGUUGCUUUGUCGAGUCCCGGUCCUCACGCCUUCCUCCUGUGCGUCCCUUUAGACCAGCCUGCAAAGACUGAGCUGCAGGCUCUCGGGGCCCUCGAGUCUGUUUUUGGCCCAGAGGCAGUCCAGAGACACACUCUGGUCCUCUUUACUUACGCAGAUCGACUGAGGGAGAGCGGGAAGGCAGGAAACAACAGCGUGGAGGCAUACAUUGCUGGUCGGCGGGGGGAUCUGUUAAAGCUCGUGGAGAAAUGUGGGGACAGGUUUCAUGUGAUGGAGACAGGAGGAGGUGGGAGAGAGAGGGGGAAUGUGGUGGAGCUGCUGGAGAAGGUGGAGCAGACAGUGAAGGAAGCUGGAGGACAGUGUUAUUCUUGUCCUGCUUUUCAGGAGGCAGAGAACAGAGUGAGGCAGAGACAGGUAGAGAUAGCAAGGGAGAGACAGGGGAAAAAACUAGAGGAAGAAGGACUAGGAGACAUUAGACAGCUCAACUCUGAAAGGCGGGUACUUUAUCCCUACAUGCAGCCUGUGGCUGAGGCAGAGGAGGAAGUGAGAGAGGAUGAGAUUGAGAAAACAAGAGCUGAGGCAGAGAUGAGUGUGAGCACCAUGAAUAUCGAGAGCCUUCCUCCUGUUACACUUUCCACCAUAUCCCCUUCACUUCUCUGUUCCAUUAUGGAUAAAAUGGAGUCUAGUGCGAAGACAUUACCCAAGCUGUUGGCAGAUAGCUCUGUGUGGGUCGGUGAGGGAGCAAAGAAGGUGAAAAGUAGUCCAGUGUGGGGGACAAUCGGCAGUGGAGCACAAAAUGUCCAGAAGAUGGUGAUUGAUAGUUCGUUGUGGGAGAAGGUGGGAGCUAGUGCUGGACAUAUGUCCAAACUAAUAGGAGACCGAGUUCCCAAGGUAGUGGUGGAUGGUUCUGCUUGGGUGGGAUCUGGAGCAAAGGCAGCAGCAGCAAGUCCCAUGUGGGAAAAAGUUGGUUCAGGGGCCAAACUAAUGGCAGACAGUUCCAUGCAUGUCGGAGCUGGAAUUGGAGCCAGAGCAAAGAAUUUGGCGCAGAGUCCUAUGUGGGGCCAAGUUGGAUCUGGGGCCAAAACUGGAGCUAAACUGGUGGCUGACAGAUCUGUGCAAGUUGGAGCUGGAAUUGGUGCUGGUGCAAAGAAGGUGGUACAGAGUCCAAUGUGGGGGAAGGUGGGCUCUGGGGCCAAAGCAGGGGCCAAAAUGGUGGCUGAGAGCUCAGUAUGGGAGAAAAUUGGGACUACUGCUAAACAGGUGCCCAAGGUAGUCAUAGGGGGCGCAUUGCUGGGUCUGGUGCUUGGCGUGUUUUUGGCUGGUGUGAUUGGCGGAGCUGUCGGGGCAGCUGCUGGAUCUGCAGUAACUGAGGUGGGCAGACGAAAAUUCAGCAACAAAAACACGUUAGAAAAAACAGAUGAAGCUGCAAAUGUGGAGAGAACAGUGAACGACAGCAUGGGCUCUCUGGUAAAACAAGGAGAGAAAGUAUUGAAAACUGAAUAAAUGGCUGAAUGUAUAUAAAAUGUAUAAUGUAAAAUCAUUUAUUUGUUGUGAAUUAAUACUGUCAGAAUGUAUAACUCAAAAACUUUUCAUUUUUAUUUUGACGGAUUGGUGAUCUUUAAAGCAGACAGUUUUUUAUUAGACAGUCUUUGUUUCUUUCUUUCAAAUGUCAAAUUGUUUUAUUAACGAAUGCAAUUGACAUGAUUCCCAACUUCACUAUUAUUCCAUUAUUUGCAAGUUUCAUUCCAGCACUUAAUGAAUGAGGAUGGGUAAGAUUUUUUUAAAAGAGGGACUAUCACUCACACUAAAUAAUGUUGAUAUAUUCUAGCAUGUGAAAAUAAAUUUCCGGAUUUUGAACACAGCUAAACGUGGCUCAGUUGAUUUGUUUGGACAAAUGACAAGCAUUUGGGUGUUUGUCUUCUAAACUCUUUUCAAAUGUGUCAAAUUCUGUAAGUAAAUAAUAACGCAAUUAUUUUUGCCAAAUCUUCAACCUAUGACUGAUUAUUUCCUGUCCAUCUCUCAGUGUAAGCAGUGAAUUCAUGGUGAAUUUAAACAUAAUUUUUGUAAGUCAUUUAGCAAGUUAUACAUAUGCAGUACAUCGGUCAUUUAGCACUAUCUCCUAAUAAUGUAAUCUUCCUCAGUGUUUAAUUAAACAUUCACUAUAAAAUUA